AUGACUGAUACACUUAUCGGGGGUCGCGCGGCCUCUGCUCCGCUAUUCGCAACUCCUCGCCCCGAGCCUAUGGGACCACAACCUAUACUGAAUACCCCCGAAAAGAUUGCGGCAUCAGAUAAAGAGCUUGCCAGGCUUCUUGCCGAGAGCCCCUUUGUCUCAUUCUGGGAUAGUUGGGUAGCCGAACAGACAAAAAUCGGUAUCCCGAACCCUGGAGACUUGUGCUAUCGAAAUGUGAUUUUUCAACUAUUCGCGCACUCCCCGGCCAUAAUUCAUUGGGCGUGGUGGUACAGUAAGCAUCACGUCCCAGAGGGCUAUUGGGAUUCUCGGGAAGAUGAUGAUCUUGACGCAAAGAUUCAGACUCUGUGGGAUUCAAUUUUCAAUAACUGGAAGGACGGAGAUGGGAAGACGAAGGGUGGCCAGCAAGAUCCCGCGGAAUUCUUCAUGGAAAUGUACUACCAGAUCUUGGAGGAUGUCGCACCUGCAUUUCAAAAUGAUUAUAUGGAAAUCUGUGACACUGACCUCGUCACCAGUCAACAGUGCAGGGGAGAGAAGUGCUGUACGGACACUACAUAUCAAAAGGAGUCCGGAUGGCCUGUGUUGGCUAUUCAGUUUGGCUCGAAGAGCAAGGUCAAGACCGUCGAGGAGGCUAUUUUAGCACAUCUAGACAUGCAAACCCUCGCCGGGUCCUGCCACAAAUGUAAAUGCAAACAGAUGCAGAAAGAAUACAUCUCCAAACCGUCUGAGAUGUUCGUUGUCCAGCUCAACCGUACUGAAGAAGACGGAACGAAGAUCGACAAAGCAAUCGACUUUGAGGGCCACGUCAAAAUCAAGGGAGAAUAUUUUGAUCCCCGAAUCGAGUCAGCGUCGAAUCAGAAUAUCACUUAUGAGCUGACCUCGGUAAUCUUGCACUCUGGCUCCGACACCGACCACGGCCACUAUACCAUCAUUGUCAAGGGUCGCACCAACAAAUGGACCUUGAUCGAUGAUGAAAAGGCAACUCCAAUUGCGAUUUCGACUUUCUGUAGAUUGCCUCAAACUCAGAAGGAUGCCUAUCUCUUCGUAUACACUCGAUGCCCCAGGCAGCCGACUGAGGAGAGAAUGAUUCGACACCAGAAGAUAUACACCGUGGACAGAAUUGAGAAGCGCCUACAGCGGAAAGUCGCCUCAUUCCCGGAUGAAAAGUUGGAUUGGUCUGGUGUUUCUCGUCGACCUGAGAGCCCGCCCAAACACCAAGGUCGCUUUGGUACAAUGGAUAUUACCUCUAGCCCGUCAGUCCAGUCAAUUUCAAUCAAUACCACUUCGAACAGGUCGAGCUCAAUUCAGACGACUCCAGCUGCGAUGCGGGGAACAGUAGCAGCAACUGGGCAACCACCAGCAGCGCUUCCAGUAAGCUACGCAAGUCAGCCAACUCCAGCAAACUUGCCUGAGAAAGACCUCAAGGACCCUCCCAUGGCCCAUGAGAAUUUCGAAAUGCCUGCACACUGUGGAGCAGAUUUCCCGGCACCCCAGAACAACAAGAAAGGUUUCCUUAGAGUUCAGUACAUUGAGUACGAGGCUAGUAGUCAAAAGGAUUCUGGUAGAAUUUCAUAUGAGAUUCCGCUGGACUUUGCUGUGCGAGGCUAUCCAAUUAACGUCAAGGAGAACCCAAUGGAGACUCCCCUAAACUCGACACUAAAUACGAUUAUUAAGGGCCAAAGGUCCAAUGAGGAUAUUAUGUCGGACUCGGAUUAG